GCCAUCUUCACCUUGGCCCGUCGAGGGGAUCUGGGCGCUGUGAAGCGCGCGCUGGAGCUGGAUGCGGAUCCGAAUAUCCCGGACACCUUGGGUACCACGGCGCGGAGCAGUUUGGAUCCGGAUGACCACACACCCACACCCGUUUCAGAGCCACGAGCACAGCACACAUCCACCUACCGCCAGCACUGGGGUGAACCGCCCAGUCCACAGGGCACAAAGCACUAUGACUAUGACC